AUGUAUGGGGAUUUGAGAGCCGUUUAUGGUUUGAUUUUGAGUGUACGGAACAGCGAAUGCUUUGGACUGCUCGGUGCAAACGGCGCUGGAAAGACAACUACUUUCGAUAUACUCACAGGACAAUCAUUUGCAACCUCUGGAACCGCUCGUAUCGGCGAACAGGACGUGACGAAACAGCUUUGUAUCGGUUAUUGUCCGCAAUUCGACGCACUCCUUUCGGAUCUGACUGGAAGGGAAUCUCUAGAGGUAUUCAUUUGA